AUGCUCUUACGGGGUAUGCCUCUCCCUCCUUUCCCAAAGCCCACACAUGGCGCCCCAGGAACUGGAUUGAAGCCCUAUGUGUACAUCGAUGAGGCCCUCAAGCACAUCACUCGCCAGGGCAGGCGAGCCAUGAACGACCCCUACCAUCAGCCUAAACUGUUUCCCAUCCCCAAACCAGCCUACGAUGCGCGGACUUUCCUCCGCGGCUGUAUAACAACCGGCGGUACAACAGCCUGCCAUCCUUCGGGCACACGCAACUUCACACCUCGCGAACUCUCUCUGUUCCAGAGCUUCCCAUACGUAUAUGAGUUUACUGGUGCCAAUGGUGAGGCCACGAAGCAGAUCGGCAAUGCCUUCCCACCAAUCAUGGCCCAAGCAAUCUACCAGACUAUUAAGAAAACUCUAGAAGCCUUUGAAAAGGGCCUUAUCGGAGCAGAAGAUGACCUCUCUGAUCUGGAUUUGAUUCUGGAACAGAGCGGUGAGAGCGCUCCUCAACAGCGACGGCUCGACAGCUUCACCGGAAGCGCAACACCCUCCAGACCUUCUCGAACUGCCAGCUCUAGGAUGGCGAGAGCUACUGAGUCGCGAACUGCAUCGCCUUCCACGCGCCAUACGGCAGAGUCGAUGCAACCACGACGAAGGAAUGCAAGCGGCUUUCCGUCCUUGAAUCUCCUCGAUGGGGUGCUGGAUGGCAUCAGUAAUUUCGCGAAUAGGAGCACCGCUUCCGCCAGCAGGUCCACCGGACGACGUCGCGAACCUAGUAUUCCAGGCGACGAUGACGAAGUCAUCCAUAUUCCCAGCGACAGCGAAUGA